AAUACCCAGUUGGCAGAACAAAUACCACAACCUGACCCGGGCAGCCCCAGAAGGCCAUUUGUUUAUGCGUGGGACCUACCGGUUCAGGCAAGAGUAUGUUGCUGCGUAAGUUGCAGGGACGGCACGUUGUAGACAACACAACAGCAACUGUACCAACGACAGGGACAAACCUAGUGGCUGUCACACUGUUUGACCAGUCACAGAUAACCAUACGAGAGCUGGGUGGUCCCAUGGCACCUAUGUGGUGUCACUACUACCAAGAUAUCACUAAGGUGAUGUUUGUGGUAGAUGCCAGUAAUCUUUGUCAGAUAGCAGCCGCCGGGGUUUUGCUCUACACAAUACUGGCUGAACCUCAGCUGCAGAAAGUUAAGAUUAUGAUGGUCCUGGCGAAAAUGGACGCAUCUUACAGGCAGAUGCGUAAUGAAGCUUUGCUCAUGCUCCAAUACAACAGAUUGAAGCAGGAGGUACCUCAGAAUAUUACUAUUGCUGAGGUGAGUGCAACUACAGGCGAGGGCAUCAGUACUGUCAUCUCCUGGCUUGGCGAGAAACAUUCAUGUAGUUGAAGAAUUUAUGAGCCUAUAGGCCUAUGUAUGUAGGCUACGUGUUACA